AAUCAGAGCGCAAGGGUGGGGCUGAAAAAGAAACAGCGGAAUAUUCAAAACGAAGAUGGCGGCCGACAACAGGCAUAAUUUGGACAAACGCGCUUCAAAAUGCGACGUGUUUAACAGCCACGAAAAGUCCUUAUCGAGCCAACCAGUCAUCUUCAAUCCGGACUUUUUUGUGGAAAGGCUGCGGCAUGAGCAUCCCCAGGCCUUUACUGACCUGGUCCUCAGUAACAUCACCCGGCUCAUUGACCUGCCCGGGGACGAGUUUUCUCAGCUCAAUGGCGAAGCUGAACCCAGAGUGCCUUCUUCUGCUGGGGGGUUUCUGCGUUCCCUCAACUUUCUCAAACGAAAAGAAAAAGGCCUUGUUUUUGGAGCACCUUUAACUGAAGAAGGAAUUGCGCAGAUCUACCAACUUAUUGAAUACUUAAGUAAAAAUCUUCAUGUGGAGGGUUUGUUCCGUGUACCAGGUCACAGUCUACGUCAGGCUGCCCUCAGAGAAAUGCUUAACACUGGAGCAGAAAUUGAUCUAGAGACUGGAGACUUCCACCCAAAUGAUGCUGCUACUCUGCUCAAAGCGUUCCUGGGAGAACUUCCAGAGCCCCUGCUCACUCACAGGCACUAUCUCGCUCAUCUGAAAAUUGGAGAGUUGACUCGCUUUGAUGACCAGGGGAAUAAGACCACUAUCCCUGAUAAAGAGCGCCAAAUCGAGGCAUUACAGCUGCUCUUCAUGUUGUUGCCACCAGCCAAUCGCAGCCUAUUGAAACUGCUCCUCGACCUCCUAUACCAUACAGCCCGCAAUCAACAUGUGAACAAGAUGUCCGCCAUCAAUCUGGCUACAAUGUUUGCCCCACACAUCAUCUGGCCCAAAAAUGUUACAGCAAGUGAUCUGCAAGGAAACAUUGAGAAACUAAAUAAAGGGGUAGCAUCUCUCAUUCGAUACUCGCAAAAAUUAUUCAAGGCACCUGUUUAUAUCAAAGAAUACGCCAGAUUAUACUUCACUGGAUCAACAGCACUCAAGUCAAAUGAUGACAUGACUCUUUAUUCCCGAGCUAAAAAUGGACCUACAACUGGUGAGUCAUUGUCAACCCCAAUAAAAAGGAGCGGGCCAGAGGCCAGUGACACAGAGCUUCAGAACUACACCCAAUCAGCACUCAAGGAGCUCUACCAGCAGGUCAACAAGCUGCCCGAGUCUGCUAAAAAGAAGAAACUCAUUAAACAGUUUGAGAAGCCGCUGCAGACUCCUUUGGACUCAAGAGUUCCUUUCUGCCGGAGACACUGGCGCUCACGGUCUUUGGGAGAAAAAAUUAAGAGAAAGGUGUUGGGAAGCCAGAUCCUAACCUACAAAGAAAAUGUCAGUCUAAAAAGUCCCCAGUCAUUCACGUCAGGGGAUUCCCCUAAAGCCAUAAAUGAGAUGGAUUGAGAUGACUGAAGACACUUGAAAUCUAAUUUUCUAAGCUUUCAAAGACUUCCGCAGGUGGUUUUGACAAGAAGUGGACAUUUUAAUUUCAUCGUGGGGCUUGACUGUAAAGCUUGUGAAAUCCGUAAUUUUUAUAACGAGUGUUUCACUGAGUUACAAAAGCCCAACUGUUUGACAAAAACAUAUUUAUUAUUCAUCAGAUCAUUGGAAGAUGUUUAUACUGUGUUUUCCCACCACUGUGAAAGUUACUUGAAAGUCAUUUUUUGUUUGUAGCAAUGGCCACAUAUGCAAAAUAUUUUUAAUAUAUAUUAUUUAAAAGCAAAUGCCAAAAUACAUACCACACCCUUUUGUUACUUUAUUACAGCAUACUUUGGUGCAAUUGAAACAUUUUGUUAAAACAUGCCUUAAAAUUAUAUAUUUCAAGUGACUUAAGAUUUAGUGUGUUUUUACAGAAGUAGCGUAAAAAGACACUGUGGUUUCCAGCUGUUUGUUAUGAAUACUUUGAGUUUUAUUCUGUGAAGUUAUGAACUACUGUUAUUUUUUAUUGUAUUUUACUAGUCUUUUAACUUUUCCGUAAUCUGGUGUAUGCAUUUUUGUAGUUUUUGUGAAUAUGAGCUCUUUUUGUGCAAUGCAACAUAGCAUGUAUAUUUUUAUAUGCUUUCAGCGUAUUGUUUUGUCUUGUUCAAGAACAAUGGAAAUUUGUUACUUUUGUUGUGGUUCUUAACAAGAUUUCUUCCUGACCACUAAACUCAACUCAAGUGAUCAGUUCCCUUCUGUUAGUAAUUAAUUUGAUAAUGAGCCUAGUCUUUUCAGAGACUGUAAACUGACUGAUUUACUGUGCUAUGCAAGCCAACCAGCCAUUAAACUCCAAGUCAUAAGCAGCUCUGUUUCUGCCUUUGUAAUUUUGCUAAUGUUCCCACUUGAUUAAGCUUUCAAGGAUUCAGGUUGUACUUUAUAGGUGCUUACUAAGACCACCAGGUGGCAGUAUUUAACUGCAAAUCUUCAGCAUUUGUGGUACCGUCAAUAGUGAUUUGGUCUGAUUUUAGUCGAACACAAAAACAGGAAAAAAA